CCUUGUCUCUUGCCAGGCCGUCAUUGUAAAUAAGAAUGUGUUAUUAAUGACCUGCCUGGUUAAAUAAAGGUGAAUAGCCGAAUGAAUAUCAAAUAAAGCUAUAGAAUAGUUUUUUUUCCUCUCUUUAUCGUAUAAUUUUCACAAAGUGUAAUGCAAUUCAUGCAAUGGGUAAUGUAUUUUGAAGGAUCAAAUACUCGACAUCCCAUAUUAUCCUUUUUACAUGGUGCAAGAAAUGAUUGGCGUCGCAAUCAAACGUUGAAAUCGACUGUGCGCAUGCGCAGAACCACAAAGUAGCAUUUUCUGGCAGGGUUUGAUUGAUUGAAGAAUUUAUUAGAAGAAUUGCAUAGGAUCAGGUACAGUUUCAUGACAGUACAGAUUCGCUGAUACAAAGUCAAUUAAAAGGCAUUAUUCCAAGAAAGCAUUACACUUGUUUACACUGGAGACCUUUUUUUUAACUCGUACAGUAUAACAUUGAAUGACAUACAGGUAAGAAGCAGUACUUUGUAGGGAAGAUUGUAAAAAAAAAAAAAGAAAAGGGGGGAAUUACUGUUAUUUUGCACCGAGAGAGACUAAAAGGUGAUGAGACAAAUAGAAUAAGCUAGGUAAUACAAAACAAAAGCAGAAAACAAAACAAAACAAACACAAAAACGAGAAACAAUAAUCAGAAGGAACAGCGGGAUGUGCAGUAGAGGCUUUGAUUAUUCCCAGUUACGAGUAUCAGCCUCUUGUAGGUGGCCUGUAGGUAGGGAGCAUGGAAUGGCAGAACACCGGCAGUGUGAGAGACCGGGACUGUAAAUGGCAGCAUAUUACGUGCAGAGUCAAUUAAGCACUUCUGUCGUUUUACGUUUUAUUUUAUGCUUUUAUUUUGAAGAGUACCGUUCUUCCUCUACGUCCGUUAUUAACGAGCUUUAACGUCUUGUUCCCGUCCGAGUGUGGCAGCAUCUUCACGCUGAUAGAGUUGUUUCGUUUCGCCCCCGAACGUGAAGUUGUCGGGUGUCCAGGAUGUCUAAACGGAGUAGCCCGGCCACCGAACCCCCGGAUAAACGCAGGAGAUCCGGAGAAAACGGGUCCGAUUCUCCUGAUCACGAUCAAGGACAUCGAUCACAGUCGGAAGAAGCUGACAGUGACCAGCUACAGAGUGCUGCUGAGGUGGUGAGUGAUGCAGGAAUUCUGGAGAGCAUCACACUGAAAAACUUCAUGUGCCACGCCAACCUCGGUCCUUUUGCCUUUGGCUCCAAUGUCAACUUUGUUGUUGGCAACAACGGAAGUGGAAAGAGUGCCAUUCUGACAGCACUUAUAGUUGCCUUAGGUGGGACUGCACAAGCCACAAAUAGAGGCUUAUCGCUCAAGGGGUUUGUGAAAGAAGGAGAGAGUUCUGCUGAUGUGUCAAUCACCCUGCACAAUAAAGGUAGAGAUGCCUACAGACCAGAUAUCUACGGUCCAGCCAUCAUUAUUGACCAGAGAAUAACACGAGAUGGAAUAAGAACCUAUAAACUGAAAAGUAAAGCAGGCUAUAUAAUUUCAUCCAAAAAGGAGGAGCUCAAUUCCAUCCUCGACAAUUUUAAUAUUCAGAUCAACAAUCCUGUAUCAGUUCUCACCCAGGAGAUGAGCAAAUGCUUCCUACACUCAAAAGGAGAGGGAGACAAGUAUAAGUUUUUUAUGAAAGCCACUCAACUGGAGCAGAUGAGAGAAGACUUCAUUCACAUUGAAAAAACCAAGCUUGUCACAGAAAAUAAAGUAAAGCAACACCGUGAGUGUUUGAAAGACUUGAAGAGGAAUUUUUUGGAGAAAGAGGACCAUUUCAAGAGCCUGGCAUCGAUUGAUGAAAUGGGCACCAAACUGGAGGAAUUACAGAAGCAAAUGGCUUGGGUUUUGGUGGCUGAGAUGGAGAAAGAGUUGGAACCACUGAAGGAAAAACUGGAGGCAGGGAGGCGGUCCACAGAGAAAUAUGAUGAGAAAGUGGAUGAAUGGAAGAGUAAGGUUGGGGAAGCUGAGAAGAAAUACAAGCAGAUUCAGGAACAAUUGGAGGGCAUCACCCAGCAAGUCCAGGAACUUCAACCUAAAUGUGCUGAACUGAAGACUGAGGCCCAGAGACGCAAUAACCUCCUCAAGGGCUGUGAGGUCAUCGCCCACACCUGCAAGGCCAACCUUAGGGACCUAGAUAAAGACAAAGUUCAGCUGUCUUCACGGAUAAAAGAUCUCAAAAUCAGCAUUAAUCAGGCCACAGGUGCAGAGAGCCAGGCCAGGGCAGAGCGUGUGGAGGAGAUCCAGACUGAACUUGAAAACCUGAGGCAUCAGAUUUCCACUCUUGGCCAGCAGAUUGAUCAGUUUCAGCUUGCAUGCCACCGUGCCAAAGAAGAACAAGGAAAGAUGACGACGGAGUACAAGGUGCUUCAGAGGUCCAUUGAAGCCACCAGAAGGAAUCAGAAGACUCUGGAGAGCAGUCGCUCUAAUCGACUUCGCCGUUUUGGAGAACACAUGCCUGCACUGCUCAAUGCCAUCCAGGAAGCUUUCACAAAGGGGCGUUUCCGGCACAAACCCCGAGGACCUCUUGGUUACCUCAUUAGUCUGAAGGACCCAGAGUUGGCCCUGGCUGUGGAAGUGUGUCUUAAAGGUCUGCUUCAGGCCUUCACCUGCGACAACCACGAUGAUGAGAAGGUGCUGCAUGGCCUCAUGGUGAAAAUAUUCCCUACAGGCCGCAGGCCUAUCAUCAUAACCAGCGGUUUCCUUCCACAUGUCCAUGACACAAGAAGGAGGGCUGUGGAUCAUCCUGAAUAUCCCACUGUUCUACAAGCCCUUGAAAUUGAGGACCCAGUUGUGGCUAACUGUCUCAUUGAUCAAAAAGCCAUUGAAUGCAUCCUGCUCAUUAAGGAUCGCACACAGGCUCGGAGAUUGUUGCAGGGCAAAAAUCCGCCUCGGAACUGCCUCCAGGCCUUCUCAAAGGAAGGUGAUCAGAUCUUCACUAACCGUACUUACACUGCAGAUCAGACCAGAGUGCUCUAUCUGUCAGGAGACGUUGAGGAUGAAAUCAGGCAUCUGCAAAAAGAACUGGAGAACCAGAAAGCUCAAGAGGGCCGUUUCCUGCAACAGAUGAAGAAACUGGAUGAAGAUAUAAAACAGAAUGAAGGGUUACUGAGAAAAGCCCACGUGGGGCAGAAGUCCACUAAGGACAAGGCCACAAAGUUGGAGUUUGAGCAGCGAGAUCUCCAGAAUGUGGAGGAGCCACAGUCAGAGGACCUCAAGCCUCUGGAGGAAGAGCUUGAGGAGAUUGUUGUAAAGAUUUCAUCUAAGCAAGCGGAGCAUGAAGAAGCAAAACAACAGAUGGCCAUCCUCAAGGCUGAGUACGAAAACGCAGAGCGGGAAUACAAGCAGCACAAAGAUCGCAUCAACACCAUCACUGAAGAGGCUGAUUCAGUCAAGGAGGAUCUGAAUAAAGCUGACCAUGAAGUGAUGAAAUCCAAACAUCAUAAGAAACAUUACGAUGAAAAGCGCAGGGCCCAUCUCCAAAACAUCCAGAAUCUAGAAGGCCAACUUAAAAGCCAAGAGAAGGAAAUAGAGGUAUCUGUGACAAAGGCCUCUAUGAUCUGUCCAGAACGGAUUGAUGUCCGUCGUUCUGGCAAGAGUCUGGACAGCGAGAUCAGCCGCAUUAAAGUGAAGAUCAAUACCCAGCAGGAACAACAGGGGGAUCGUGAAGAGAUUGUGAGGCAGUACCAUGAAGCCACAGAGAAGUAUAACAACAUGUCGCAGCAAAUGAAAAACCUCAACAGCUUCAUCAAGAGCCUGGAAGGUGUCGUAAACAACAGACUGAAGGUUUACACUGAACUCAGGAGGUUCUUUUCAGCUCGCUGUAAAUAUUACUUUAUGAGCAUGCUGGCUCAGAGAGGCUACAGUGGAAGCAUGAUGUUUGACCACAAGAAUGAAACCCUGUCCAUCUCUGUGCAGCCGGGCCAAGGAAACCAGGCAGACUUGAGUGACAUGCGCUCCCUGUCUGGAGGGGAACGCUCCUUCUCCACUGUUUGUUUUGUUCUCUCUCUUUGGGCCAUCACGGAGGCGCCUUUCCGCUGUCUUGAUGAGUUUGAUGUUUUCAUGGACAUGGUAAACAGGAGGAUAUCUAUGGACAUGAUGCUGAAGGUGGCUGCCAGUCAGCCGUACCGACAGUUCAUUUUCUUGACCCCACAGCACAUGAGUUCCCUUCCAGAGGCCCCACUCAUCACUAUCCACCGUCUCAAAGAUCCAGAGCGAGGACAAAAGGACUCCCAAAAAAGUGCAAACGCAGACCAGCAGUAGUUUUGAGGAUGCACAAAAAACGGUUUCAACCCUGUGUAAUAAAUUGUUCAGUUGUAAGAAUGUGUAACACUGAUGGUUGAGUUUUGUUCAGGAGGUUGUGUGCCAUGUUAAAACUUCAUAAAAUGUUCAUAAAAAAAAGGUUGUGUUUUACAUGUCUAGCGUUUUUAAACCUAAUGCAGUCUUUUUAGAAAAAAAGAAAAAAGCCAUCAGCAUUAUGGAUGAUGACAAAACCAAGUGUUUGUUUAUAUAUGUUUAUUUCUUUUUUUUAAACAAUGAAUAUUUGCAAUUUUCUUUUUAAUAAAUUAUAAACUGA